AUGCAAUUUAAUUCAAAGAAAAACGCUACUCUAGGAAUCAUACUAUUUGGUAUUUACAUAAUAGUGGAUCUCUUCAUCGAUGAGACAUUGCUUUAAUACACUUACAAAUUGAUCUUUUCUAUUAAGAAUCCCUCGUUUAUUGAGUUUAGCUAUCUGAUUAAGAGCACCUCCUUAUUGCUAUGCGAAAUCAUAUUUCUCUACCUAUAUCUGAGUUUCAACAAGAAAUUAGAUGUGCUUUUGUUGAUUUUAUUCAGUUGUGUUUUAACAGGAACACACGCGUUUUUAAAAGAAAUAUAUAAUCAAGGCAGACCCUAUAUGUUCAAUACAGAUGUUUAAACGUAUUCUGCCCUUCUAUUAUAGUUUAGAAUGCAUUGCAGAAUUAGGUAAACCCUCAGGUCAUGCUAUUUGUAUUGUCUCCUAUAUGAUAUCCCUCUACAAGGCUGACCGUUUUGAAAAUGAAGAAGAAAUGAAGGUGCCACUUUUAAAAGCAAUUCUCUACACAAUCAUAGCUUUCAUAGUUUGUUCAUCCAGAGUAAUUUUAGGAGUACAUUCUAUUGGAUAAGUAGUUUAUGGCAUCAUAUUUACUUUAUGCAUGUAUAUUAUUUACCUGAAUGUUGUGCAUUUAUACCUAAAGAAGUAAUAAUUCUAUUAAUACAAUUCAGAUUCCUUUAUAAGCAUAUCAAAUAUUCUAGUCACAAAUUAACCUUCUUUACAGCCACUUUAUUUUUAGUAUUUUUAACACUAUCUUUAUCAGCUGAUUUCUACUCUCGCAAUUACUAUGCAUAGAAUUCUGAUUUAUAUUAUAAAUUUAUGGAUGCUGUUUAAGAAUGUAGAGUAAGGAAUGGAUUGGAAAAAUUAGAUGAUGAAACUGGAUUCAUCCUCUAGAGAUCGACUUCUCAUUCCUAUGGCUACUAUUUUAUUGUCAUAGGAGCAUUGUUGGGUAAGCAAAAGAGAACUAUUGAUUAGGACUGGUUAUUUUCAGAGGAGUUUAUGAAGAAGGGUUGUAUGAAGUGCAGUCUAAAUUCAGAACAAGAUUGACUCUCUUUAUCAGAAUCAUGAUCUUUUACCUAAUGGUCUUUUCAGUUUAGUAUGGAAUGGAGUACUUUGAACCACAAUAAUAUGAAUCAUACCUUGUUAUGAUAGUGGUCGGACAUAUCAUAUUAGGAUUGUGUGUAACCUUAAUCUAUCCCAUAUUAAUGUACUUUUUGGGAAUGGAAAUAUAUGGAAGUAUGCAAUGUGUUAAUAAGUCUACUCUAUUUAUUGAUUAUUCACAUAUAUGGGAAUCAGAUAGUCUGAUUUAAGAAUGAAAAAGG